AUGAUGCGGGUCAAGGACCCAAAGCGCUCGGUGGAGUUCUACAAGUUCCUUGGCCUCAGCUUGGUCAACACAAUUGACAUGCCCGAAUGGAAGUUCUGCAACUACUUCCUGGCCUAUGAUGGCCCGGCCUCCUUGCAGGGUGAUCGACACUGGACCGAUCGCAACGCUGUUUUGGAACUCACGCAUAACUACGGCACCGAGAAUGACCCGAACUACAGCGUGGUGAACGGCAACACCGAGCCGCACCGCGGCUUCGGUCACAUCGCUAUCUCAGUCGACAACAUUGAGGCGGCAUGCAAGCGCAUCGAGGAUGCCGGAUACCCUUUCCAGAAGAAGCUGACUGAAGGUCGUAUGCGCCACAUCGCCUUCGCCAAGGAUCCCGAUGGAUACUGGGUUGAGAUUAUCCGCCGCGCCGACGCCGACGUGGGCACCACCACCGACCCUGGCAGCUACCGCUUCAACCACACCAUGCUGCGCGUCAAGGACGCCGAGGCCAGCUUGAAGUUCUACCAGGAGUCCAUGGGUAUGACUCUCGUUCGGACCAUUGAGAACCCGGACAACCAGUUCAACUUGUACUUCCUGGGCUACCCCGGCUCGAACCCCGAGAUCAAGGAAGGUGCCCACAACAGCGUGGCCGAGUGGGAAGGCUUGCUGGAGUUGACUUGGAACUAUGGCACCGAGAAGCAAGAGGGACCCGUCUACCACAACGGCAACGCCGAGCCCCAAGGCUUCGGUCACAUCUGUAUCUCCACCGACGACCUUGAGGCUGCGUGCGCCCGGUUCGAGUCCCUCAAGGUGAACUUCAAGAAGCGCCUGACCGACGGGCGGAUGCACAACAUUGCGUUUGUUCUGGACCCGGAUGGAUAUUGGAUUGAGGUUGUACAGAACGAGAAGAUCAAGCGGUCGUCGAACUGGUAG